UAUGACGAUUAGAGCAUAACCCGAGUAACACGUUGAAUUCGCCAUAAUCAAGGAAACCUUUUCCGGGUGGGGAUCUCUGAAAUUACUCAGUGAGCAACCCUAAUUAACCUGAUUUUUUGCUGAUAAUCACUCUCAAUGGAAUCAAAUCACAAAUCCGGGGAUGGAUUGAGCGGCACCCAGAAGGAAGCAGCCCUCCGCGCACUGGUCCAGCGCACAGGAUAUAGCUUGGUCCAGGAAAAUGGACAAAGAAAAUAUGGUGGCCCUCCACCUGGCUGGGAUGCUGCACCCCCUGAAAGAGGCUGUGAAAUUUUUAUUGGAAAACUUCCCCGAGACCUUUUUGAGGAUGAGCUUAUACCAUUAUGUGAAAAAAUCGGUAAAAUUUAUGAAAUGAGAAUGAUGAUGGAUUUUAAUGGCAACAAUAGAGGAUAUGCAUUUGUAACAUUCUCAAAUAAACUGGAAGCCAAGAAUGCAAUCAAGCAACUUAAUAAUUAUGAAAUUAGAAAUGGGCGCCUCUUAGGGGUUUGUGCCAGUGUGGACAACUGCCGAUUAUUUGUUGGGGGCAUCCCAAAAACCAAAAAGAGAGAAGAAAUCUUAUCGGAGAUGAAAAAGGUUACUGAAGGUGUUGUCGAUGUCAUCGUCUACCCAAGCGCUGCAGAUAAAACCAAAAACCGAGGCUUUGCCUUUGUGGAGUAUGAGAGUCAUCGAGCGGCUGCCAUGGCAAGGAGGAAACUGCUACCAGGAAGAAUUCAGUUAUGGGGACAUCCUAUUGCAGUAGACUGGGCAGAGCCAGAAGUAGAAGUUGAUGAAGAUACAAUGUCUUCAGUGAAAAUCCUAUAUGUAAGAAAUCUUAUGCUGUCUACCUCUGAAGAGAUGAUUGAAAAGGAAUUCAACAAUAUCAAACCAGGUGCUGUGGAGAGGGUGAAGAAAAUUCGAGACUAUGCUUUUGUGCACUUCAGUAACCGAGAAGAUGCAGUUGAGGCUAUGAAAGCUUUAAAUGGCAAGGUGCUGGACGGUUCCCCCAUUGAAGUCACCCUAGCAAAACCAGUGGACAAGGACAGUUAUGUUAGGUACACCCGAGGCACAGGUGGAAGGGGCACCAUGCUGCAAGGAGAGUAUACCUACUCUUUGGGCCAAGUUUAUGAUCCCACCACAACCUACCUUGGAGCUCCUGUCUUCUAUGCCCCUCAGGCUUAUGCAGCAAUUCCCAGUCUUCAUUUCCCAGCCACCAAAGGACACCUCAGCAACAGAGCCAUUAUCCGAGCCCCUUCUAUUAGAGAAAUUUACAUGAAUGUACCUGUAGGGGCUGCGGGAGUGAGAGGACUGGGCGGCCGUGGCUAUUUGGCAUACACAGGCCUGGGUCGAGGAUACCAGGCCAAAGGAGACAAAAGAGAAGACAAACUCUACGACAUUUUACCUGGGAUGGAGCUCACGCCAAUGAAUCCUGUCACGUUAAAACCCCAAGGAAUUAAACUCGCUCCCCAGAUAUUAGAAGAGAUUUGCCAGAAAAAUAACUGGGGACAGCCAGUGUACCAGCUGCACUCUGCCAUUGGACAAGACCAAAGACAACUAUUCUUAUACAAAAUAACCAUUCCUGCCCUAGCCAGCCAGAAUCCUGCAAUCCACCCUUUCACACCUCCGAAGCUGAGUGCCUAUGUGGAUGAAGCAAAGACGUACGCAGCUGAAUACACCCUGCAGACCCUGGGCAUCCCCACUGAUGGAGGCGAUGCUGGCACCAUGGCUACUGCUGCUACUGCUUUCCCAGGAUAUGCUGUCCCUAAUGCAACUGCACCUGUGUCUGCUGCCCAGCUCAAGCAAGCGGUAACCCUUGGACAAGACUUAGCAGCAUAUACAACCUAUGAGGUCUACCCAACUUUUGCAGUGACUGCUCGAGGGGAUGGAUAUGGCGCCUUCUGAAGAUACUUUUUUAAAUUUAAGAAUAAGACACACAAAACUCUAUUAAAAAAAAAAAAACAAAAAAAAAAAAAAAAAAAAACCUCUAACUCGGUCCCCCAAUGAUCAUAAAUAAUAUCUUUCCUAAAGAAAUGCCUUUCCAGAGACAGUAUAGUUUAUAUCAAUUGUAGAAUGGUGAAGAGCGUUCACGACUGUAGAAUCAGAAGAAUGUAAGAACGUUAUUCUGAAAUGAAAUCAAAUGUUAAAGAGCAUUUUGUUUAACAGAAAGCUGCCCCAAAAGUUGUUCUUCCAAUGUUCCUGAGUGUUUGGGGAGCAUGUUUACAAAUCCUGCCAGAGUGGAGAGAGAUCUUUUAGCUGGCAAGAGUUGGGAGGGACGGAGCAGACCUGGGCAGUCAGUAACAAUCAAGGGAAGCCAAGUAAACUCCAGAGUCUUACCUCUGGCUCACAGCUGCUUUUGUGAUACACAAAGUCACAAAGAGGAAAAGGGAAGGGAGGAGGCUGCUUUUCAAAAUGCAUGCACCAUGGCUCACCGUAUGGGGCGUGAUUGCAGGGCUGAGCUCAUGAAAGACUAUCCAAGAUUUUGUGGGUUCAACUUCUCUUCAGCAUGAAAAUUCCAUCCAGUCCAUUUGUCACAGAUCAGGAUCUUCCUGUCCCCUGCAGCCCAUGGGGACUUCCUAGAAAUAGAUAUGAUAUGUUGUAGAUAUGGUCGAAACAAAUACAGGCCCCAUUGUUUAUUCAGCUCAUUAGUCCACACCUAUUUUUCCCUAGAACUCCUACCUUUUCCAGUAAUCAUGCCAACAUGAGAUGACCUUUUCUAAUUUAAAAUUUUUUGACUUGUUCAUAGUGAUUGAUUUUCAUCAUCUCAGACUCAUUUUUUUCCUACCUAAUAUCAUAAAAAAGUAAAUCAGAUAUACAGAAUAUCAUUUAUGAUACUUCUUCCUUUCAGCAAAUUGACUGAAAAGUCAUUUUAAAGAGAGAAGUGCAGAUUUGCUCUCAUUUCUUUGAUAUUGUUGCAGUAUCCACCCCACCAACUAGCAAUUAGAGACAGUUAUAUUAACUUGGGGUUAGCUUUGAAUUAUCUAACCCAUUUAUUUUAAAUUUGCCUGGAAAUCCUCUAACUUUCCUUCCUUUUUGUUUCAAUAAGUAUCAGGCAGCUUCACCAUACCUGAGUCCUUUUGUCUUGAAGCUGCCACAGAAAAAUCUUACAUCAAUCAUUGCUGAUUAGAAACUGUUUCAGACAAUCAGCAUGGGUGUUAUUUACGAUAUUCACCCUAGAGUCCUGGACCUCUUCUCCAGGAACAUCUGAUGAUGAAGUGGGGGAGGGCAACGGCGCCACAAAACCCGGAACUGAGGUAAAGGGAAGGCACUACUUUCUUGCCAUACUUGUAAAUGAUUGCUUUGUUCAAACAUAAAUAAUCUAAGUCCAACACC